UAUUCUAACCGCACACAGCACCUGACAGCACCUAUACGCCUGUUUCCCUGCUAAUGAUCCGCUUUGUUCGUAAAUUCGAUUUGGAAAAGAGGUUAUUUACUGUAACCUGUCCAGUGCGCGCCUUUGCGGAUUAUACGAACAAGAAAGGGAACUCGCUGAAGACAACGAACGGAAGACAAGCAUUCAGAAUGAGGACAUCACUUUUCAUCCUGAUCGUAAUGAUGUGUCAGUGUGAUUGUUUGCGCUUUGUGUGUCCGGAGGUGUGUCGGUGCUCCAUCAAGACCAUCAGCUGCAACAGCGCGACUGAAGCCGCGGCACAGAAACGGCAGCAAGUCAGCAGACUGGUUCUGAACUAUAUCCACUUAAGAACAAUUCCCAGUUUCAGCUUUGAUGGACUGAAAGGUGUCAAAAGAAUAGAAAUUGCUCAAAGUGUGACAUUGGAAACCAUAGAGACCCAGGCCUUCAACAACCUCCUCAACCUCUCAGAGAUAUCAAUUCAAAACACACGAAGCCUGGUCCAUAUCCACCAGCGGGCCUUCAACCGUUUACCCAAGCUGAGAUAUCUGAGCAUCUCCAACACUGGGAUAGUUGUGUUUCCUGACUUGACAUCCAUUGGAUCUCUUGAAGCUGAUUUCAUACUCGAUAUCUGUGACAAUCUCCACUUGCAAUCAAUCCCACCAAAUGCCUUCACUGGAAUGACAACUGAAGACACAACAAUGAAUCUAUAUAACAAUGGCUUCAAGGAAAUACACAAAUAUGCCUUCAAUGGAACAAAAAUAGAUAAACUAACCUUAAAGAACAACCGAAAGCUGCAAAUAAUCCACAAGGAUGCUUUUAUGGGAGCUCAUGGCCCAGCUGUAUUAGAUGUGUCCUCCACUGCCCUCGAAACGUUGCCACCUCAAGGCCUACAGUCUGUGCUGAUGCUGGUGGCUCGUUCAGCAUUUUUGCUAAAAAGAUUGCCUCCUCUAAACAGUUUGGAGAGCCUGAGAGAGGCUCAUCUCACCUACCCGAGCCAUUGUUGUGCUCUCCUCAGCUGGGACACUAACAGGGAAUCGUCAUCUUCAGCACAGAGAAAUGGAUCUUCAUACUGUGAACACCAAAGUGCAUUAGAUAAGGAUUCCAAAAAAGAGGCUUCUUAUUCUGACCUGCUGGAUCAGCUAUCCGAGGCCAGCUUUGGCAACGUGGACUUUGAAUACCCAGACUUCUGUCAAAUCAAGCCAGCCCUCCAGUGCAGCCCAGAGGCAGAUGCUUUUAACCCCUGUGAAGAUAUUGCUGGGUUUGGGUUUCUCCGCGUGGCUAUCUGGUUCAUCAACAUCCUGGCUAUUGCUGGCAACCUGACUGUACUUCUUGUGUUAUUUGCCAGCCGCUGCAAACUCACUGUGCCACGCUUCCUCAUGUGUCAUCUGGCCUUCGCUGACUUCUGCAUCGGCGUAUACCUCCUCAUGAUCGCAAUUGUAGAUCUAAGGACACGCGGAUACUAUAGCCAGCAUGCGAUCGAAUGGCAGACAGGAGUGGGAUGCAACAUCGCAGGCUUUCUUUCUGUGUUUGGGGGAGAGCUGUCCAUCUACACACUGUCUACGAUUACAAUAGAACGUUGGUACACCAUCACUCAUGCUAUGCAGCUAGAGCGCCGUCUAACUUUGCCCCAGGCUGCUGCAAUAAUGGCUGCUGGCUGGUUGCUCUGCCUGGGCAUGGCACUACUUCCACUAGUUGGCAUAAGUAGUUACAGCAAAGUCAGCAUGUGUCUGCCCAUGGACAUUGAAACACCUUUGGCUCAGGCUUAUGUCAUUCUUUUACUGCUUUUCAACGUGGGGGCUUUUUUGGUGAUUUGUGGUUGUUAUGUGCGGAUCUACGUGGUUGUCCACCACCCUGAAGUGCCUGGUCGUGCUGCUGAUGCCAAAAUCGCCAAGCGCAUGGCAGUGCUCAUCUUCACCGACUUUCUUUGCAUGGCACCAAUCUCUUUCUUUGCAAUCUCAGCUGCCUUUAAGGUGCCCCUAAUCACAGUCACCAACUCCAAGAUCCUGCUAGUGCUCUUCUAUCCUAUCAACUCCUGUGCCAACCCUUUCCUCUAUGCCAUCUUCACCAAGGCCUUCAGGAAAGACACCUGCAUUCUGCUAAGCUCCAUGGGGUGCUGUGAGAGCAAAGCAAACAUGUACCGCAUGAAGACCUACUGCUCAGAAAACACAGCAAAAAUUACAAGUUCUUCAGUCAGCAAGCCCCCUCACACUGCCAUGUGGUUGUCCAGCUAUCCUCACCAAAAGUGCCAGCUGCAGAUAGAGGGGCUACAGAAAGACUGCUGUAGAGAACAUAACACAUUCUGACUGCUUGUCUGAGAGCUUUCGUCUUUUUCCGUCAUUGUGCAAUGUUGCAUGGUGUAUUGUGUUAGCUGUGUCUUUUCAAAGUAUUUUAAAAUUUGAUUCUCACUCAGAGAGGAGAAGAACUCUUUCAGAGGGUUUGAAGGGGCAGAAUUUGUGCCAGUGAUUUUAAAUGGCAUAAAGAGAUUUUUUCUGAAACUUAAUCAUUUAGUCCACAAGAAACAGCUUUCUGAUUCUGAGUUUUUCAUAUUUUUGACAGGAGGAAACAAUAGUGUCUUAUAGACACGGACAUCCUGAUCUGUGGUCGUAGUUGGGGCGUCAAACAAAUGAGGAAAUUGAUUUAUCCUCGCAUUACAAUUUGUCCUUUCCAUUUUUUUUCUUCAAUUUUUACCUUUAUCCUCGCCUAGUUCUAGUGCCUGAUGUGGGAACAUCACAGCUGGUGAUGGAAGAUUCAUGUUAAAUAUGUUUUAUACAUUUGUUGUUGUUAUUUUUGUCCAAUAAAUUAGGUUUUGUAUCAUUUUCAUGGUUUUGACCAUUUCAAGGAUCUCAUCUUAUCUCUGACAGUACAUAGCCUACGUCGGUCGUCAAAGAGGUCAGAGGGUAAUGACUGUGCGUUCUGCCGUUAACCUUGCUUUAUGAACAUAAUAUAACACAUCAGACAGCUUUACUAUUUAAGUGAGUACUGUUUAAUGGUUUAAUAGUUUUCUAGGAGAAAUGGCGACAUACUACGGAUGAUAAACGAACUCCAGAUUUUGGGCAGGACAGUAAGUCAUACUAAUAAAAAAAUUUACGUUGUCUGAGCAGCUACCAAAACGCAGACCAAGCUGAUCCAUCUGGUAAGUUAAGUUAUUUCUCACUUUUUUUAAGUUGACUUUUAUGUUACUUUUUUUAUUUAAAAUACAUUCUACCAGGUCUACCAGCUUGAACAUCCCAUCAUCGUUUCCUGGCAGCUGUUACAGUAGCUGGUCAGACUAAGAUUUUGUUGCUAUUAGUAAGUAAACUUUUUUCACUUUCAUUUCACAUUAAUUUACUUAUUUGCAGAACAAAGGUAAAUCAGUUGAAUCAAAUUUACAGCUUAAGAUUUAACUGAUCUAACUGAUCUUAAGAAUAACUGAUCUUUUGUUGUCCUAAAUAUUUUGUCUUAAAGUAAUGUUAUGUUAGUUGUUUUGCUUAUUCAGGUUGACAUACUUGCUCGAAAGUUGCUGACUCGUCCCUGGAUUUUCCAACAACCUUUAUAAUUAACAGUGUGCUCCUGCCAAGACAUAUUGUCUAUUUGAUUAAACUUUAAAGAAAGGCCUGUAAUUUCCAUCAUAGGUAUACCUCAACUAUGAGAGACAAAAUAAGAA